AUGACAGCCAGACGAGAAGGGAAAAAUAUAGGUGAUCUAGUAGGUGGUCGAGUUGUCAAACAGUUGAGUGUACUGGGUGCCAUGAUUCCAGCACUGAUCGACACAGGGUCGAUGCUAAAAGCGCAGGAUAGGGGAAUUGACGUGGACGCGCUGAAACUGAUCGAGGUGUCCCAACUGGCGCCUGUUUUCGAUGCAUCCAAUAGGAGGAUGGAAUUUCUCGGAGCAGUAUAUAUUGAUACGGAGCUAGAAGGAGGAGAUCGAGGGCUUGUACCGUUCCACAUUAGCCCAAGAAAAGGCGGGCGAAAUUAUUCUGGGUACUAA